AUGUAUGGUACAAGUAACUUGUCUCCGAUGGGGUCACAUUCGUUUUUGGGGUGCCGGCGGGAAGUCGCGCGACAUGUCGGAGGGGGGAUGGGCUGGGAGAGCUCUGCAAAUUUUCCGGGAGACAGGGAUGUCUGGAUGAGUGUACAGAGGCGAUCGGUCAUGCAGAAGACAACCAUCUGUGCACUGCUGUGGUGCAUGCCUGAGGUCAGGUAUCUUGAUAAUCGAACUUCACAAGGUGUGAUCGCUGUGGUUACUAUUGUACAUUGCCGCUCGGUAGGUCAUCCGCAGGAAGAGCAUGAAACAAGACGCGGAUCCAUGUCCUCGUCACAACGGGCAGUCGAUGGCCCAGAUGAGAUGACACGGGUCUCGAGGUCGAAGGCUGUCGCCUCUCGUCGAAUGAUGAGGGUGCACCGACGAUGUGCAACUUCGUCGGUCAGGCAUUGGGCUGACGCGCGGGCCAAUUCCAACGUAUUAGUGGAUGCGGUGUUUUUCAGAUACGGAUGCAUCGCAAACACUACCGGAGCGCGAGCUGAAUCGAGUCUAGCUCCUGAAGGAACUGAGGGAGGUCGUCUGUGUGAGCCCGUCCGUCAUCGUGUUAACCGUCGAUUAGAGUUUCUCGCAGCGCCCAAUUUGAUCGGGAUCGUUACCAUAUCUCUCUCGAUCGUUUGGAUCUCCCGCCCCUGGUUCCCUCAGCCCUGCCGGUCCAUCAAAACCAAAGAUGCGGUUGAUAAAGGCCUUGGGACGAUCGACAAUCUUCCUUACGCGAUGCCCAUGUGA